CUUAAGAGAAGUGUAUUAAAAUAUAUUUAAAAAGCAUCAUGUUGCAAAAAUCUAUUUGUGCUAUUCUUACAAUUUUCGUUCUAAUAACGAUGCUACAGGCCAGUCCAGUAGCUGCCGAAUCUGACAGCGGCCUAUUUAGUAACAUCUUAUCUAACAUAUCUCCACUAUUACCAACCGAUCAAAUUGCAAACAAAUAUAUAAAUAGUAUAUUAGAAAUGACACAAGGAGUACAUUUACCAUGUAUGAUAUAUUCCAUCUUCCCAUGGGAAUUCAACUGUACUAAAGCCGAAUAUUAUUAAAACCAAUAAUUCACAAAAUGAAGAUACCAAUUCUUGUUUUCUGUCUGACUGUAAUAUUUGGAAAUAUAUCCUGCAGGAUAUAUAGUAACGAAAAUGUCGAUUUAAUAGAAGGAACUGCGGGUGAUGAGAAUUAUGAUAUGAAUUAUUUCGAUGUACCUUCGGAAAAAUCUCUCUCGAGAUACAAAAGAGCCAGUACGCUAUCUCCAAUUACGGAUACUUUAAUAGAUACGAUAGAAACUGAUGUAACUGAUUUAAUUCAAAGUUUAUCAAAUUUAGUCAAAUUUAUUGAAGGCUUAUUAACUGGACAAAAAGGCUUAUGUCCAAUGGGAAAUUUGUCUGUCGAACAGUUAAUUAAAAAGUUGUUCGAAGAGAUAAAGCAUCCGAUCCAAGCAAUCGAAACUAUAAUUUGCUUUAUUUAUAAUAGUAUUGGAGAAGAAACGAGUUCAAUAGCAUCCACAUUAUCCAAAACUAUAUCAAAAUUUACAUGCACGAUAUUUUUACCAGGACUACACAAAAUAUUGGGUGAAAUAGAUAGUAAUUCUAAUUUGCCUGCAAACAUCAAAACUCUGAUCUCGCUAUUUAAUACAUUUUAUCCGCUCAUACAAACAACAUGUAAUAAUAAAUAAACAAUAAUACAAUGUAAUAAACAAUAA